GAAAGUUAAUAUGGCGGCCGCCCACACUGCAGGUAUCGAUGGAAUAACAAAAGUUUUGGAGAGUAUAUGUCGAGAAAGACGAAGAGAAAAUCUUGAUAAAGAAAGUGAAGAGGGUUUCAUUGUCUUGGCUAUUGAGUCGUUUUGGACAAGAUUAUUCUCGCAGUAUUUUGUUUGCUCUGAAGAUGAAACAAGAGAUGACCUUCUUUUCUAUGUGAGAGGGAAAAGUUCAAGUAAAGAUGGAAAAGUUGAUAAAGAUCAUCAGGAGUCAAAAAUAGCUGUGUUCAGGAAAGACUCAAAAGUUCUUCCAAGCUUGGGCGACCCAGGAAUUGACUGGGAAGAAUCUGUUUAUCUCAACCUGAUUCUGCAUCAAUUUGAAUACACACUAACCUGUGCAAUAUGUACAAAGCCUCAAGAGAAAGAAAUGAGAGUACUCAGUAGAAUAUCACAGAAGGUAUAUGCUUCACCUAAUCGAAGGAGAAUGGAUUCAAAAGGAAGUUCUGCGGAGAUUUCGUACCCUAACAUAUUUUUUAUUCUGGACAAUUUUGAAGAGACAUUCCGAGACUUUGCACUACAAGAAAAUGAGAUGGUUUGUGUGGAAUUGGUUGCUAAAGAUAAGACUGAAUCAGUGGAAGGAGUUAUCUUCCUAGGAUCAAUAAGAUAUGAAUCACUCAAAAAAGUUUAUGAUGGGCGAGCUAGUGUAGCCAGUAAGGUUGCUCGCAAAGUUUCAAUGGGUUGGUGGAAAGGUCCAGCUAACGUAGAGUUCAUCAAGAUGAAAGGUCCAGGUGGAAAAGGCCAUGCAGAGAUGGCAAUUACACAACACAGAGGACUGGAGGAGAGAAGUGGUUUAGAGGACUCUGAAAAUAGUGAAUGGAGAACAUGUGCUGAGUGUGGAAAUACAACUUUUUCCUCUUCAACUUUUUCCUCUUCGACAAACCACCAAGUGCAAGUUCAAGAUGAAAAAUGCUACAAUUGUGGUGUAGAGUCCAGAUGGACCACAGAUCUCGAUGGUGCAAAAUACAGUGAUACAAGUCAAGACAAAAAGAAAAAAGGUCUAUUGUCAUCAUCUCAGCAAUGGGUGAAACUCAGAAAAAAAUCCCUUAAUGGUGUUGCACUCUCUGCAUAUUUAACAUACGUGACACUACCAUGGAAUAAAAUUAUGAAAGAUAUUUUGGAAGUGAGGCAACCUCCUAUAUUAUCUUAGUAUUAAAUCAAAUAAAUCAGUCAUACGGUUUAUGUACAAAUUCUAAAUUAUUUAUCUACGUGCAUUGCCAAAUAUAAUCACCCCUGUUGACACAACAAUCUCGUGCUGCUGAAGGCACCUUAUGUUAUAAUUUUCAGACAAUGCUUCAAACCUUCCUUUUUCUAACAAGAGAAUCUGUAUAUGUCUUAAUGGAGUUAUGUGAAAGAAAUGGUUUGAGUCUGCCACAUUGUCAGUUAACCUUUUCACUCCCAAAAUCUCAUUCUUUUGACGUUAGUCCUGAGAAUUUGGUAGUGGAUCAACUAAUAAUCCCUUAAAUUUAUAUUUUUCU